GGUCAAUGUGUGGGACAUCAGUUGAAUCAUCGAUACUUACAUAUAUACAUACAUCGAUUCUGAACUGUGCAUGCAAUUUGCUGCAUUUAAACUUUAAUUAUUUUAAAAAGCAUUAAAGUUUUACAUAACAUAAGUCUAUUUUUUAAUAAUUGAAAAGAACAUAGUUUUCUGGACAUUUAGAUUAGUACAUAAAAACAGAAUGUUUAAAAAAUCUUUGUUAUCUCUUUUAAUAAGUGUUGUUAUAUGCAUUAGUCGAGCUCAGUCUCCGAUAGAACCUGAACCUACAAAAGCCUUAAAAAUUAUCAAGUGCUACUCAUCGUCAAUUGCAGAGGACAUAAUUUCACUUCCACAAAACUUACUGAAACAAAAAACUAGAAACUCGACUGAUGAAAUUAUUGUUGGAUUAAUUACUAACAAGCUGCAGGUUCUUGAAUGUCUCGAAACACUAAACCUGGAAAUUAUAUUGGACCACCAGGAAAAUACUUCCCAGUCAAAAUUAUUGUUCCUUUCAAAUGGAUACGCAAUAUAUAACCAGACCAACUUUCUUCCUCCAGAAGAUUUUUGUUUGGAAAGAAAAUCAGCAUCUACUCUGAAAUUCAAAAUUUGCCUUCCAAGGAAAAUCUGUUCGCCUCAAUCUCCUUGCAUUAGGAAAUGCUGCGACAUGGAUCAAGUACUUGACCUUUCUCAAUUUGCUUCCCAGGGAAAACUCAUGUGCAAAAGGAUGAGUAAUAACUCAACAAUGUGGUCGCCUCAAUUGUACAAAGAUGCCUACACAAAAACUAAUAGUGUCGUCAAAAUGAAUUUCAUAUCCCAAAACCCAAAGUCUUUCUGCAACGGGGAUGCAACGUUACUAAGUUUGAUGCCAUUUGCUUCACAGGAUAUCUCUCCAUUUCGGAUUUUGGAAGAUGGUUCUGUUAUAGAGAAAAUGGGAAGAAACGCCUGGCUUCCAGUUCCAGGGGAUGCAAUGUGUGUGGAUGGAGCACAAAAUCUUCCAUUCUCUGAUGAUGGUGAUAAAGUUUCCACUUCCGGUCAAUUUGCUGGUGAUGAAAAGGCCACUGUGGUGAUUGACUGCAGGUCCUUCAUGUUUGAAGGGAGAAACGAACGACAUGAAAAGUUCGUCGCAAUUUACGUCAUAGCUUUAUUAAUUGCUAUAUUUUUUCUCGUUCUAACCCUGGUGGCGCACAUUGUUUUGUGGAGACGACAAACAAUUCGUGGUUGGGCUUUGAUGGGUUACGUUACCUUUCUUGCCCUAGAAUUUGCCUUCCUGAUUUUGGCAAGAGUGACCACUUCAAGUGGCGUCAUAUGCACAAUGGCUGCGAUCGGGACUCAUUUUACUGCACUGGCUACAUUCAGCUGGCUGACAACCAUGAAUUUCGAAAUUUCAAAAAUUUGGUGGAACUUUCGAACAAUGAAUCCAUGCACCACAAAAAAGGACCAGCUAAAAAUGUUUAUGUUAUACGCAACGUUUGCCACCACUAUCCCGAUUUGCAUUGUCACCCUAGGACUAAUUUUGGAACGGAUUUAUGGGAGUGAUCAAUUCAGUGAAGUAAUCGUCCCAGAGUAUGGAAAAUUGCGAUGCGGCCUUGGAACAUCUGCAGAGUUUCCGUAUCUUUUUGGACCAAUUUCAUUUCUUCUGGGAUCAAACCUUGUGUUUUUAUUUAUUACGCUCUAUUACGUAUUUAAACACCAAAAAGUUCUGCGAUUGAAUGGAAUGAAGACAAAAAUUUUGAGCGACAAACUUCGAUUUUUCGGCAUGUUAUUCCUAGUGGCUGGAGUCACUUGGAUUUUUGAUGUAAUUUCAUGGGCCACAACACCAAGUAAUUCAGCAACUCCGUGGUACUGGAUGUUUUUUGACUUUGUAAAUAUUUUCCAAGCAAUUGCAAUUUUCCUCAUUUUUGUGUGCAAUAAAACCACGAUGCAUCAUUUGCAAAAGGAAUUUCCAAUUUUAUCAAGGUUUAAAUUGUGGUCAACGCCAGACGAUGCGAAAAACGUAGUGCAUGAGAGGAAUAUGAAAAAUGGAAAUGGAGUGGACAGGAAACUUAGUAUUACUCAAGUUUUCAGUAUAACGGAAAAUUUGAAAAAUAAUCUCGAGCUGAAAUAGAAUAGCAAUAACUAUUCAUGCAACUAAUUGGAAUAAAUAAAAAUAUAAAUAAAGCUCUUUGAAGUUAA